AUGGCUCUUAAAGUUAAUCAUGGUUAUUAUACAAAUAUACCAUCAAUUAUUUCAACUAAUCCAAAUUAUUUUUUAUAUCAUAGAAGUGAUUUAUUAAUACCUCAUUCAUCUAAAUCCUUGUCUAUUGAUAUGUCCUCAAGAAAACAGUCUUGGACUAGUUUUAUCAAUGGCUCGUCUACACAAAUUGUUAAAGAUGAAACAAUAGAUUGGGAUGUAAAUGAAAUUUCAUCUCCACAAACAAAUGAUAUUGAUUAUACAAUUGUUGAUUCAAAAAUUGAUCCAUUUCAUCUUAAAAAUUAUCAAUCAGUUCGAACAACAUCUAUUGAAAAAUCAACCAUUGAUAAUAAUAACCAAAAAAAGAAAACAGUGACUGUGAAACAUAUGUUGACUAUGUCAGCUUCAGGAAAUACACAAAAAGAUUUUAAUCGUGGGUCAACUUCAUUACCUAAUGCAACGUCAUCAACAAUAAAACAACAACCAUUUAGUCCACCACCAUAUCAUCCACUUUCAAAUGGUUUUUUUACUCAACAUCAUCAACGAUCAACACCCUCCCCUGAUCAUGAACAAACAUCACAAUUAUCAAAUAAUCUAGUUGAAACCUCGUCAACAUCUAAUGUAGUUCCACCAUCGACAGCGGGUGGAGCUCCAAUAUCUUCGGAAGAUAAACGUCGUUGUGCUGUUUGUAAUGAUAUUGCUUCUGGCUAUCAUUAUGGUGUAUGGAGUUGUGAAGGAUGUAAAGCGUUUUUUAAACGAAGUAUUCAAGGCACAAAUGAGUAUAUUUGUCCGGCAACAAAUACAUGUACAAUAGAUAAACAUCGUCGAAAAAGUUGUCAAGCGUGCCGUUUAAGACGAUGUUAUGAAGUUGGUAUGACUAAAGGUACAACACGACGAGAAAGAAAAUAUCGUAAAAAAGCUGUAUCAGUUUGUAAAAUUACAUCAACAUCAUCAAAUUCAAAUACUACUAAUAAUUCAAUUAGAAGUAAUCAAGAACAUGGACUUUUAGUAACAACUACUGAAACACCACCAACAACGGCUGGAACACCAUCAGCAUCUCAAAUCAAUAAUAAUAAUAAUAAUUUUUCAUCAUCACAAGUACAAACAAAUAAAGCGACUUCUGAAUCAUUACGUAUUCCAAUAGCUCCAGCUGAUUUUAUUGCUACACUUUCUCAAGCAUCUCGUCUUAAUUUACCAUCAAAAGCUGAUACUAGUCGUCCAUUAGAUGAUCAAUAUUUUCUUCAAUUACUUGCAAAAAUUUUCGAUCAAGAACUUGUCGUUCUUAUUAAUUGGGCUAAAGCUAUGCCAGGUUAUACUGAAAGUUUAACUCUUGAUCAACAAGUUACAAUCAUUGAACAGAGUUGGUUAGAUACUUUACUUCUCGAUAUAAUCGAACGAUCAUUAGAACGAAAUGAUGAUACACUUCAUUUUGCACCUGAUUUUAUUAUUUCACGAAAUCGUACAUUAUCAAGUCCAGGCGUAGGUGGAAUAUGUACAAGUUUAUUUAAUAUUCUUCAAACGUUUAAAGAACCUCGUACAACACAUGAAGAAUUUAUUGCACUUAAAGCUGCAAUACUUAUUAAUUCAAUACCAGCAACAAUAACAACAACAAAAUCAUUUCGUUUAUUAACAAAUCAAAUCUAUCAAUCAAUACAAUAUGCAUGUGAUUCAAAUCCAAGUGUUUAUCAAGAUAAUUCUAUUCGUCAUUUUACGUUAUUAUUACAAUUACCACAUAUUAAAAUGUUAAGUUCUAAAUUAAUAAGACUAUUUUUAGAUAUGCGUGCAAAUGAUUUAUUACCCCAAGCUGAUCUUUUAUUAGAAAUGCUUGAUGCACAAGAUGCAUUUGAUAUAAAUAAUUGUUUUUUAUCAUUAAAUCAUGAUGUUCAUAAUUUACCAUCACAGAUAUCAAAUUUUAACCAAAAUUUAACAUCAAAUAAUAAUAAUAAUAAUAAUAAUAAUAAUAAUAAUACAACACCAGUAAGGCAAUCAACACCAAUGAAUAAUUCUAAAGUUCAAUCUGAUUGUUCAAAUCCAAUUAAUUAUAAUAAAAAACAAGAAGAUGAUAAUGAAACAGCAAAUUUAGAUGAUCCAAACGUCAUUUUGAAUUUAAUUGAUAUUCCACAACUUAUUGAUCAUGGUUGGACACCAGUGGUUCAGACAUUUAAUACAAUACUUACCGAAAGUCUCAUAUCAACACUUGAUAUUGUUGAUGCAAAUAUUACUAAUUCAACCGAUCUUGCUAUUCGAACACCAGUCUCUUCGACUUAUCAAAACGCAACUCUUAUUCAUAUCAAUAUAAAUUCACAAUCUACAAAGAUUUCAAGAUCUAAUUUAUCCAAUACAUUUACUCUUCUAGCAACAUAUCGUUCUGUGAGAGAUUCGUCGGGAACAUUAUUUUCUUUAUUAGACAAAAAUAGAUCAUCUCUAUUUGAAAUGAAAAUUAAUACAAAUAUUACUGUAACUUAUCGUUAUAAAGAAAAACUAGAACAACUUACUUUUUAUCACAAAAGACUUGUAGCUAAUGAUGGAUUAUGGCAUCAAAUUGUUCUUCUAUUCGGAUUUGAAUCAGUUACACUUCAAUUUGAUGAUCAGUUAGAUAAUAAAAUUAAAUUACCAUGGACUACUACUCGAAUAUCAGAAAUAUUUACUAUAACAGAUGUUGUUUUUCUGGGUGCAAAUGAUCAUGAAAAAUAUCGAAAUGAUUCAUUCUUUAAGGGUGAUAUUAAAGAAAUUCUUGUCAUUGAAUGGGAUCCAUCUACCGAUGAAAACAAUAUUGUACUUAAAACUAUGAGAAGUUAUCGUCAAAAUCAAAUACUUCAUCAAACAGAACAACGUUUGAUAAAUCCCUCAUUGUCAAGACAAACAGAACAAUUUGAAAUAGGACCAGCGGGUCUACCUGGAGGACCAGGACGACCUGGUCUUAAUGGACCGAUAGGUGCACCAGGAGCUCCAGGCCAUAUAAUUGUUAUUCCAUCACCCAUUCAUGAUAAGCAUGAUCCAGAAUCGUUUAUUCAUGCAAUGCAAGGAAUAAUAAAUAGUUAUGCACACAUUCUAACAGGUCAACCAGGUUCUCCAGGACAACCAGGUCUACCUGGUAUUAUGGGACAACAAGGUUUAAGAGGCUUUAAAGGAGAUAGAGGCGAACCUGGACCAGUAGGACCCCAAGGUGCAACUGGUCCAAUUGGACCUCGUGGACCACCAGGACCACAGGGUCCACGUGGCCAAACUGGAAGCCGUGGUAAUCAAGGUGUUCGUGGUCAAAAAGGUGCACAGGGACCACGUGGUUUUCCGGGUAUUCAAGGUGAAAAGGGUAAUAAGGGUGAAAUAGGUCCAGUUGGUGAUCAGGGACAGACAGGUCCCGUAGGCAUUAAGGGCAAUAAAGGUGCAAUUGGACCACAGGGACCUCAAGGACUAACGGGUCCACAAGGCAUGACUGGUCCAAAAGGAGAUACUGGACCAAUUGGUUUAACUGGUGAACAAGGAAUACAAGGUCCUAAAGGUCCCAAAGGAGAUAAAGGAGACAAAGGCGAAAAAGGUGUUAUUGGCUUGACUGGUCCAAUUGGUCCAAUUGGACUUACUGGUCCACGAGGUCUACCAGGAGAAGUUGGACCGAAAGGGUGCCAAGGUAUUCAAGGACCACAAGGACCUAUUGGACCCCAAGGACCCCAAGGUAUAGUUGGCCAGAAAGGUGAAGUUGGUGAAACAGGACCUAAAGGAAACCAAGGUAUGAUCGGUCCAACGGGACCAAAAGGUAUUACUGGUGAACGUGGAUUGACGGGUGAAAGAGGUGAAAAAGGUCAGAAAGGUAAACAAGGAUUAAAAGGUACAAUCGGUUUAACUGGUGAUAAAGGAGACAAAGGUGAUGUUGGACCACAAGGACCACAAGGCCCAAAAGGUGAUGCUGGUCCAAUAGGUUUGACUGGUAUUCCAGGUUUAAAAGGAGAAAAGGGAGAAGUUGGUCAAAAAGGUGAUACUGGUAUUCCAGGAAUACAAGGAAUACAGGGUCUAACUGGUAUGACUGGCCCUGUUGGAUUAACAGGCCCAAAAGGUAACAAAGGUUAUCAAGGUCAAAAAGGUGAGACAGGACUUCGUGGAGAGACUGGACAACAAGGUGUUCAAGGAAUUACAGGUCCAGAAGGUAUUCAAGGUGAAACAGGUCCGAUAGGACUUAAAGGCGAUCAAGGUGAAAAAGGAGACAAAGGAAUUAUCGGACCACAAGGUCUUGAGGUAAGCUUCACUUUAAGCAAUUGUAAUAUUAACAAUAGUUGCUUCGAAAAGGGAAAACAAGGUCCAAUGGGAUGGACCGGUGAUAAAGGCGAUCAAGGUAUAAUUGGUCCUGUUGGUGAAAAAGGCGAUCUAGGUGAAAAAGGCAAUGCAGGUGAACGAGGACUUCAAGGACAAAAAGGAGAAGCAGGUCCAAGAGGACCAAAAGGAAAUACAGGACCUGCAGGCCCACCAGGACCUAGUGGAGAAAGAGGUCCCAAGGGUGAACGAGGACCACGUGGAGACCCAGGAGAUUCUGGUGACAGAGGACCACAAGGACCUUCAGGAACAAAUGGUCAACCUGGAAAUGCUGGACCACCCGGGCCACCGGGGGUCGUUGGUGUAACAGGACCAAAAGGAACGGAGGGUCCACGAGGAGCCAAAGGCGAAAAAGGCUCACUAGGUCCACCGGGUCCACCGGGUCCACCUGGUGAUAGUCUAUUAUCAAGUGAACUUGCUUCAGGUGAUCAUCAUUCUGAAAAAUUUCAGUGGCCUUUGCAUAGAUUACGUCGUUCAAUAAUACCAAUUGAAGAAAAUAUUCAAUUAAAUUCUGUAGCAUUGCACUUAAUUCAAAUAUUGGACAAUAUGGCAAAUCAAUUGAAUAAAAUUGAAUCGCCAAUGGGUCUUCGACGUGAUAAUCCAUUUCAAUCAUGUCUCGAUCUUCAUGAUCAAUCAAUGAUAGGAAAAUAUUGGAUUGAUCCAAAUCAUGGAAGUACAUCGGAUGCUAUUGAAGUUAAUUGUAUUAUUGAAAGUGGUAGAAGAAAAACUUGUUUACAACCAAAUGACGAUCAUGAAAAACAAAUUAAUUAUGGACCAAUAUCUCAAAUACGUUUUCUACGAAUUCUUUAUAAUCAAAUCGAACAAAAUUUAACUUAUGAAUGUAAUAAUGAACGUCAAACAAAUAUUACGCUUAUAUCUCUUGAUGAUAUUCAUUAUAAUAUAAAUCAAUUAUCAAAUGUAAUUAUACAUGAUGAAUGUCAGGUAAAUUUGAUUUUAAAAUAA